CCCACCUAGCGCGGGUCCAACUGUGAUUGAAACGUGCCACUGGUGCCUGACAAACGUCGUUCUGGUACUCGCCAAAGCGAGCCAGACGGAUUUGUGCUCGUUAGGCGCUGACGCUAUCUAUCUUCGAUGAGAAAUGAAGGGCCGACUGAACUCGCUUUUCACACAGUCACACAAUCCGAGCCGACCACUUUUCCAAUUCUUCCCAGCGCUUACCGGGUUCAGGCGCAUCUAAGAGCACGAUCUCUGCACGUACAUACUUUCACGAGGCAGGUUUCCAUCGGACAUCGGGGCUCGUAGACCGAGACAAUCACGCGAUUUCCCUCCGCUCUGAGCUCUCCCAGGCGUCGGCCGGCGCGGUUGACGUUAGCGGUGUUGUGCGCCUCAAAUUGCGCUCCACACCUUAUAGCCGACGCACCGGCCAAGAUGCCUGGAACGGCGCCCACAGCUGUCCCUGUCCUCUUCCGGCAUGCCCAAGUCCCUCAUCCCCACCGUGCUUCUCCUCGCACGAGUGCUUCACGCUCAGGCGAGCAUUAUCAGCUCGCUCAACACCACCGCGUACGACUAUAUCAUCGUCGGCGCGGGGCCCGCAGGUCUUACACUCGCCAACCGGCUCACCGAGCUUCCCACCGGCGCGAAUGUCAGCGUACUGGUGCUCGAGGCGGGCGAGAACCGGCUCGGCGACCCGCUCAUCGACAUCCCGGGAUUCCUCGGCUCGACGGUCGGCAACGCAUCAUACGACUGGUUGUUCACGACCGUACCACAGGCGAAUGCGAACCACCUAUAAAUCCCGUUAGAACUCUAUAGUUAUAGAUGGCAGAUCCCCCUAUGCACCAUGUAUAAGUAUUGACUUUUUAGUGGAUGCAGUAUGGAGGCCGGGAACUAUAUGCUGAUAAACGGAGGACGUAUCACUGAUACGCGAUAGUUU